CGCGGGGAUCAGCUCUUGUUCACAUGUGAUCCCGGUGUAGUCUCUCCAAAAGCUGUAUUUACUUCGAUGACGCCCGACUGGGAGGCUGGUGGUGCCGUUAGUGUUGCAGCCAGACGCAGCAGGAGCGCAGACUGAGGAGAUUGGCACUGCGUAAUGGAUUUACUGUUCUCGGAACAAAGUUGGAUUGUGUAAAGAAUGACCCUGGGACAUACAAUGGCUGAGACGGGGAAGUGCUUUUAGAAAGGUGUAUACGCUGGAAUUAGACCGUAGAAGGAAAUGCACAGAGCGUGGAUACUCUUCAUUCUCAUUGAAGAGGGUUUAGCUCUUGCACAGAGGACUAAAGACCCGCCAAGUGAACAUGGAGGCCAGCCCUCAAACCAGAAAGAGUGUGGCACGUGGGUCCGCAAUAUCAACGGAGGCGUGUUCACCUCCCCAAACUACCCCAACACCUACCCCCCCAACAAGGAGUGCGUCUACAUCCUGGAGGCUCUCCCCAGACAAAGGAUCCAGCUGGUUUUCGACAAGAACUACUACAUAGAGCCAUCUUUUGAGUGCCGCUUUGACCACAUCGAAGUGCGGGAUGGUCCGUUUGGUUUCUCCCCUCUCAUCGACCGCUUCUGUGGAGGAAAGAACCCAGGCAUGGUCCUGUCCACAGGCAGGUUCAUGUGGAUCAAGUUCAGUAGUGAUGAAGAGUUAGAGGGCCUUGGGUUCCGCAUCAAGUACACCUUUGUAGCAGACCCCGAUUUCCAUCUGCACGUGGGCGGACUGCUGAACCCCAUCCCAGACUGCCAGUUUGAGAUCGGAGGCUCUGACGGUGUUAUCCGCUCCAGUCAGGUGGAUGAGGAGGAGAAAGUAAAGGCUGGAGAAGCCCUCGACUGUAUCUGGACCAUCAGGGCUCCUCCGCAGUCCAAGAUCUACCUACGCUUCUUGGAGUACCAGAUGGAGCACUCUAAUGAGUGCAAGAAAAACUUUGUGGCAGUUUAUGAUGGGAGCAGUGCCAUCGAGAAUCUCAAGGCCAAAUUCUGCAGCACUGUGGCCAACGACGUCAUGUUGGAGAACGGAGUGGGAGUGGUGCGAAUGUGGACUGAUGAGAAGAGCCGGCUCAGCCGCUUCCGCAUGCUCUUCACCUCCUUUGUGGACCCCCCGUGUUCAGCGAAUACAUUCUUCUGUCACAGCAACAUGUGCAUUAACAACUCCCUGGUGUGCAAUGGCGUUCAAAACUGCGUCUACCCCUGGGAUGAAAACCACUGCAAAGAAAAGCGUUCACGGGGGCUCUUCCAUCAAAUCACCAAGACCCAUGGGACUGUCAUUGGGAUCUCAUCAGGCGUGGUUCUGGUUCUGCUUAUCAUCUCCAUCUUUGUCCAGAUGAAACAGCCUAGAAAGAAGGUGGUGGCUCGCCGACCUGGUGUUUUCAACAAGGCUGGUUUACAGGAGGUGUUUGACCCUCCUCAUUAUGAGCUGUUUUCUCUUCGGGACAAAGAGAUCUCCUCAGACUUGGCCGACCUCUCAGAGGAUCUGGAGAACUUCCACAAACUGCGGCGCUCCUCCACCAUGUCCCGCUGUGUGCACGAGCACCACUGUGGCUCCCAAGGCUCUGUCACCACUGGGGGAGGCAGCAUGAAGCACAGCCGCACCACCCUCAGCUCCAUGGAGCUCUCCUAUCAUAAUGACUUCUCCAAGCCACCACCCAUGAAAACCUUCAACUCCACAUCCAGCUACAAGAAGAGCUGCUACGGCUACAAGCAGCACUCACAGACUCAUGACUGUGACCAGCAGGUGAUCGAGGACCGCGUUACUGAGGAGAUCCCCUGUGAGAUUUAUGGCCGCGGCACUGGCAGUGUGGGAGGAGCCAGCGGAGGGGGCACUCUGGGAGGACCAUCAGGGCUAGCAGGAGGGGGCAUGGGAGGGCCCGUGGGCAUAGCAGGGGGUAUGACUAUGCCUGGAGGCAUGGGCAUAGCUGGAGGAGUGAUGGCAGGGCCCAGUGGCAUUGCUGGAGGCAUUGGGGGCAUGGCAGGAGCCUGUGGAACCCUGAGUGUGCGUGGAAACAGCGCCCGCAACAGCACCACCAUAGUGGAUCCACAACAGCGCUCUAUGUCCAUGGACUUUUAAAGAAGGAUAGAGACACAUCCAAUGUUUACUUCUGUUCUCAACUCUGUGUGUGGGGAUAACUUCUGGGCCUAAUACUGAGAUGAUCUGUUGAGAGACAUGAGUAUGGUCAUUUAAAGGAUUUAAAGAGACUUGUUUUGUUGCUCAUUUAUUCAGCCCCUCACAGAGGGAUCUGACUUUUCAGAGGACUGUCAAACACACACAAACUUCCUAGACUCAAUUUUACAUUUAAUCCCCUGCCAUGCACAGAUAUAUGCUAUAAUAUCUAGUUUGUCUUCUAAUUUAUUUAAGUUUUUAUUUGUGUCAGAUGUGUCUUGUACCUUUACUACCAGUAAAAAAGCCAGCUCACGAUGUUAGGCGAAAUUGUAUUAAUCUUUUUCAUAUGUCCUUAUGAUAAUUUAACACCAGUAUACAGUAUAUGGUGGCAGUAAAGAUUUGAAUACAUACAGGAAAAGCUGCUUGUACUCAUAUGAAUAGAACCGUGAAGGCGUUUCUCAUUCAUUCAUUUCAAAAUACACACAGAAGAUGUAUUUUGGCCAGUUUUAGGAGACACUCAAAAGAACUGUACUAUUUUAGGAAGCCGAAUGACAGAAAAAUAUAUAUUUUUGCUCUGGGAGCCAAAUUGUUUAUGGGCAUUUUAUUAUAGCAUUGAGUGACCAUUUCUAACUAAAAUGAUUUAGGUGUGAGACAUGAUCUAAAUAAAACUAGUCAAAUAAAAUUCCCAGACCUCAUCUUUAUUUAGUUUGUAUGACAAACUGUGUAAAACAAGCACAACUGUCUCACCAAUGAGACACAUGUAGUGUAUGUGAAUUUAUUUAUGUUAUAACAGCUGGUUGUAUAAUUCCAUUCUGUUUAAUUAAAAG